AUGGGGUCUAAGUCCUCAAAAAGAGCUGAAACUACAGUCGAUUCUGCAGAAUCUGAUGCUUCGUCUGAGGAGGCGAAUGGAUUGAUGACUUUAUCACAGGAGCAAGUGGAGGGAGCCCGUGGAACACUCGAAGAAAUUAUGGCAAGAAUGGAUGUAGAGAAAAGCCUUCACGGCACGGCAUCAGAUCGCUAUAAGAAGAUGGUCAAACAGAAGGAAAUUCUUCUCGAAAUCAUUCGCCUGGACAAGAAUCCUGCACCAUUCAAAAGAAGUUCACCGUAG